AUGGGAACUCAACAUUCUUCACCAAUAAAUUUUGCCUGUGUGUCCUGUUAAUCGAACGAUAAUGAAUUUGCUGUAAUAUAAACUAUCAUCUAAUAGAGCAUUGAUUGGAAAAAACAACUACAAAGGGAAUGCGAAUCAAUAAAAGAUCGGUGCAAAUGGGCAAAAUAUUUUUUAUCACAAGUUUAUGGUGGAUUAAAAUCCUAACCAAUUGAAGGGUAUAUAAUCUAAUUUUAAUCAGCCAAUCAAUAGUACAAGAGCUAGUUUCUAAAAAAUUCGCGAAAGAGUUAAAGUUAUUCUAGUAAUCCAAAUUUAUCAAUUAAGCAGAGUUCAGAAUCAUCUAUCAAGCAACUUAUUUUAAACACAGAUUUAACUAUACAAUAACUAGAAAUUCAGACCAAUACAAUUCUGAAUAAAUAAGAAGCAUCUGUGUCUUUAUAAAUAAUUGAGAAAAAAAAAAUUAGUGAAAGCUUUGAUAAGGAAGACGAAUUGUUAAUGUCUCAACUAUUAUAUUAUGUGGAUAUGAUUAAAUUGUUGAAGCAACAGAUAAGCAAUCAGGAUCAUUAACUUAAUGUGAUUCUACAUUUUUUUAUAGAUUCAUUUAAAAGAUAGUACAAUAUGGAUCGUUGUUCGAAGCAAUUAGAUCAUGCUGUUACAGACCUAAAAGAAUUUUCAAAAGUGUUUCAAUCUUGCAUUUAAAAUUACUAUUCAAUUGAAAAGUCGUAAAUGUCUGCAGGGCCUGUGACUGAUCUAUUUAAUAGAGAAACUAUGUUGACAGCAAUUUAUUCAAUGCUA